AGACCCACAUUUUUCUGAGUCCCUCAACAUCAUGGAAAAUGGUAAGCAGCCACUUCUCUCCGCUAGACAAGAGGAUGAAACUCCAAAUCGAACGGCAGCCAACUCGUUGCUAGCGACCUUCAACGCCGAUGAAAGUGACAUCGGUCCCAUCAACGGGGUCCGUGAUUUCUACAAGGAGUUCAUCGUCGAAUCGAAGAAGCUCUGGUACCUGGCCGGCCCUGCCAUCUUCACAUCCUUAUGCCAGUACUCCCUCGGCGCCAUCACUCAAGUCUUCGCCGGUCAUGUCGGAACCUUAGAGCUCGCCGCCGUCUCCGUCGAGAACUCCGUCAUCGCCGGGUUCUCCUUCGGCGUCAUGCUGGGAAUGGGGAGUGCGCUGGAGACGCUAUGCGGGCAAGCGUUCGGAGCAGGACAGCUGGAUAUGCUGGGGGUGUACAUGCAGAGAUCUUGGGUUAUCCUUACAUCGACGGCCGUGCUCCUGAGUUUCCUGUACAUCUUCUCCGCACGGUUGCUAAAACUAAUCGGUCAGACGGAGGCGAUCUCGAAAGAAGCAGGGAUGUUUGCAGUGUGGAUGCUUCCUCAGCUGUUCGCUUACGCCGUGAAUUUUCCGCUGGCCAAGUUCCUGCAGGCUCAGAGCAAGAUCAUGGUGAUGGCGGUUAUAGCGGCGGUGGUGCUAGUGCUGCACACCGUGUUUAGCUGGCUGUUGAUGCUAAAGCUACAGUGGGGUCUAGUGGGUGCAGCGGUGGUGCUUAACGCCUCAUGGGUUUUAAUCGACGUGGCUCAGCUCUUAUACAUUUUCAGUGGGACAUGUGGCCGUGCAUGGACUGGGUUUUCCUGGAAGGCUUUUCAGAGUCUAUGGGGAUUCGUGAGGUUAUCUCUCGCUUCCGCCGUCAUGCUAUGUUUAGAAGUGUGGUACUUCAUGGCAUUAAUUUUGUUUGCUGGAUACCUGAAGAACGCAGAAAUCUCGGUGGAUGCUUUGUCCAUUUGUAUGAACAUAUUGGGCUGGACAGUGAUGGUGGCACUAGGAUGCAACGCCGCUAUAAGUGUAAGGGUGUCAAAUGAACUGGGGGCAACACAUCCAAGAACAGCAAAAUUCGCAGUAGUGGUGGUGGUGAUAACUUCAUUUUUAAUCGGUCUUGUCCUCUCGGCCAUACUAAUCAUCUUCCGGAAGCAGUAUCCCGCCUUGUUUUCAGACAGUGAAGAAGUGGAAGAGCUCGUUGAUGAGCUCACACCCUUGUUAGCCUUCUGCAUUGUCAUCAACAAUGUUCAGCCCGUUCUCUCUGGGGUGGCCAUUGGAGCAGGAUGGCAAGCUUUUGUUGCUUGGGUGAACGUUGCAUGCUACUACCUAUUUGGGGUUCCUCUGGGUCUCGUACUGGGCUACAAGGUCGGCCUGGGUGUCAAGGGGAUCUGGUGUGGGAUGCUUUCAGGGACGGUUGUCCAAACAUGUGUACUCUUCGGGAUGGUUUAUAGAACCAACUGGAAUAAAGAGGCUUCAAUUGCUGGAGACAGAAUAAAAAAAUGGGGAGGGAAUGAAGCUGGCAGAGAGAAUGAUGUGGAGGGAUGAACUACCAGGAAAUCAAGCAGGAAGGGAGUCAUUUAUCAGCAAAUUGUUUAAUCACAACUCAAAUUUGUAUGAAUAACAUUGCUGGCGAUACAGUUCUCAACGCGAAACGAUUCUCAUCCAUAUUUUUGCAGGAAUAUAACAAGUUUUUGUCAGAUUAGUCUAAAACAAUGCUCUUUUGAAAGCUCUAUUUUUCCCUC